AGAAACCACAGCAGACAGCGGGGAUCGCGCGGUACCGUCGGAUAACAUGGUUAUUCAACAACUUAUAGACGAGCCUCCCUUGGUGCAGGCUUGUUUCCAUGGCGAUGCAGACGAGGUUCGAGCGCUCAUCUACAAGAAGGAAGACAUCAACUAUCAGGAUGUGGAGAGACGCAGUCCUAUCCAUGCUGCAGCACACUGUGGGGAGGCAGAGAUAGUCAACCUGCUCAUCCUCAGUGGUGCGCGGGUGAAUACCAAAGAUAGCAGGUGGUUGACGCCCCUCCACAGGGCAUGUGCUGCCAAAAGCGAGGACACAGUGAGGAUGCUGCUAAAGCACUCGGCAGACGUGAAUGCGCGAGACAAAAACUGGCAGACGCCGCUCCACGUAGCCGCAGCGAACAACGCCAUUGGCUGUGCGGAGGCGCUGAUUCCGCUGCUGUCAAACGUGAACGUGUCUGACAGGGCUGGUAGAACGGCCCUGCACCACGCAGCUUUUAACGGUCACACAGAUAUGGUGGUGUUACUGAUUUCCAAGGGUGCCAAUGUCAAUGCCUUCGACAAGAAGGAUCGCAGGUCCCUACACUAUGCAACUUACAUGGGUCAUGUGGAGGUGGUGAAAGUAUUGGUCAACCAUGGAGCAGAACUCAACUGUAAGGACAAAAAGAUGUACACACCCUUACAUGCUGCAGCCUCCAGUGGACAGAUCACGGUGGUGAAAAUGUUGUUGGAUCUGGGAGUGGAGAUUGACACUCCCAACUACUACGGUAACACACCGCUGCACGUGGCCUGCUAUAACGGCCAGGACGUGGUCGUGAACGAACUGCUAACCUUCGGCACGUCCGUCAACAUCAUGAACCACCGCGGGCAAACCCCGCUGCACUUCGCCGCCGCGUCUUCCCAUGGUGCUCUGUGUCUGGAGCUGCUAGUCAACGAAGGAGCUGACUGCAAUGUACAGGCCAAGGAUGGCAGAACCCCCCUCCACAUGACAGCUCUCCAUGGCAGGUUCACCCGGGCACAGACUCUCAUUCAGCAUGGUGCUGAGAUAGACUGUGAAGACAAGGAUGGGAACACGCCCCUACACAUCGCAGCUCGAUACGGACAUGAGCUGCUCAUCACAACUCUCAUCGCUAACGGUGCCGACCACACAAGGAGAGGGAUCAAUGGUAUGCUCCCCCUUCAUCUGGCAGCCCUGAGUGGAUAUGUGGACUCCUGCCAAAAACUGAUCUCAUGUGGUUUUGAGAUUGAUGCAGUAGAUGACAAUGGCAGGACCUGUCUCCAUGCAGCUGCAUGUGGAGGUAACAUUGAGUGUCUGGACCUGCUGAUGAGAAGUGGAGCAGACUUCCAUAAAAAGGACCACUACGGAAGAACUGCACUGCAUUAUGCAGCGAGCCAGACUAACUACCAGUGUGUGCUGGCCCUGGUGGCUGCAGGGUCGGAUGUGAACCUCAGGGACUCCAGGGGGUGUACCCCCCUGCACUAUGCAGCUGCUACUGACGCUGAUGGCAAGUGUGUGGAGCACCUGUUACACAACAGGGCUGACCCCACUGUUCAUGACAACAACAGGUUUGAUGCACUGCACUAUGCAGCAGCCAACGGCCACAAGCUGGUCAUAGAUCUGCUGUUGGACUUGGCCAGAGAUGAUUUUGUGAAGAGGAGAAAGAAGUCAUCACCAAGGACAACACCAUUGCACCUUGCAGCAUACAACGGGCACCACCAGGCCCUGAUGGUUCUGAUGAACCAUUUUGUGGACGUGGAUGUUGGGGACGCGGACGGUCGCACGCCGCUGGACCUGGCCUCCUUCAAGGGCCACGUGGACUCUGUGGAGGCCCUGAUCCUACAGGGGGCCACCAUCAUAGUCAGGGACAACAAGACCAAGAGGACACCCCUACAUGCUGCAGCGUAUAACGGCCACACCGAGUGUCUGCGUCUGCUGAUAAAACACAGUCUGGGCCCGCGGUCAGAUGUGGUGGACUGUCAGGAUGGGCAGGGCAGGACUCCCCUGAUGAUAGCCGUUGCUAACGGACACACAGACAGCACCCUACUGCUGCUGUCCUACGCUUCCAACAUCGGCGCCACCGACAUUCACCAGCGCACUGCUCUACACAGAGGGGCAGCCAAUGGGCAUGAAGAAUGUGUGGAUGCACUGUUACAUCACCAACCUGAUGUCAACUUCAAGGAUGCCAGAGGUCGUACAGCCCUGCACAUGGCAGCAGCCUGUGGACAUGUAGGGAUGCUGGGAUCCCUGCUACAGGCUGGACAGUUCUCCAACCCACUGGACAACAAGGGCUUCACAGCACUACACUGGGCCUGCUAUAAUGGUCAUGACAGCUGUGUGGAGCUUCUGAUGGAGCGUGACGAAACCCAGAAGUUUGAGGGGAACCUCUUUACCCCCCUGCACUGUGCAGUGUACAAUGAUAAUGAGACAUGUGCUGAGCUGCUGCUGGAUACAUUAGGUGAUGAUAUUGUCAAUGCACAGGACUCAAAGGGAAGAACUCCCAUCCAUGCUGCAGCCUACAACGACCAAGUGGAGUGUCUGCAACUGCUGCUGAGCCAUGGGGGUCAGGUGAACAAUUCUGACCAAUCAGGGAGGACCCCCAUCAUGAUGGCUGCUGCAGCUGGCCAAUCAGGAGCUGUGGAGCUACUACUUGGAACCUCUGGAAUCAACUUGACCUCACAAGAUAAGGACAAGAACACAGCUCUCCAUCUUGCAUGCAAACAUAGCCAUACAACCUGUGCCUUGUUAAUCCUGGAGAAGAUGGACGAUCCAGAAGUCAUCAACACUGCAAACACGCUCCUGAAAAUCCCCCUUCACCUGGCUGCAGCCAAUGGCAUGGUGCCUGUAGUACAGGAGCUCAUCAGUAAAGGAGCCAGUGUGCUGGCUGUGGAUGAUAAAGGUUACAACCCCGCCCUAUGCUGUGCUGCCAACGCUCAGGUCGCCGACUGCCUGGCGCUCAUUCUGGCCGCCAUGAUGCCAUUCACGCCCAACAGUACCAUCAACAUGGACGCCAACGGUAUGACCGCCACCUCCAGUAUGGGCAGUAUAGGCACGGAGGGAGACAACGUCGACACCAGCGAAAAUCAGAGUUUCGACGAGGCCGGAACUUCCGACUCCGAAACAUAUUGACACACGUUAACACUUAGCUGAGUACAAGAUACUACAGUACAAUGUAGCUCAAACUAGAAGCCUGCAAGAAUUUUUUUCAUUGUAGUUUUUUCAUUAGGCCUAGGAAAAAAAUGCUGUGUUCCUGUUUUCCGACCGACCCUAAAAAAAAAACUGCUGACCCUAAAAUUCUUUUUUGUGGAUCCCUGCAAGGGACAUGAAUUUUU